AUGAAUUCGUUUUUCUGUUUGGAUUGUAUCAGCGAAUCAACAGGAUUUUCAAAUGUUCAUGAACUCGAAGCUCAUAUUGCAAGUGAUCAUUUGAAUUUGUGCCCUUACGAAUGUGAGAAAUGUAGAUUUGCCAAAUUUCCAACCGAAUAUACUUUAGUUAGCCAUUGUAAAGCUGAUCAUGGAAUGUUUGAAUUCACUGUAAGUUAAGAGAGCUUCCCAAAAGUGUUUCAUUAUAACUUUUUACAGAUCAAAUAUCGCUACACCCCAGAAAUCGAACAAAAACGCAGUCAACUUUCCGAUCGUCUUCAAAAAUGUUUGAAUUACCGUGCAGCUGAUAUCAGAAAUCGAUCAUCUGCUGCAACUCCAACUUCAACAUUCGUAGCGGUAAAAACUGAAGAACAUCCUCAAACCAUAGUGGAUAAUCCACCGAUUCCGAUGUCUCCUCAUGAUUUAUUGGGAUUUGCAAACUAUCAACAUUAUGAGGAGCCAAUGUUAAUGAGAUGCCCUCAAGAAGAAGGAAAUGGAGGAGGUUCUGAGCGAAAGGUAUGUUUAAAAUUAACAUCCAAAUAUGUUAUCAAAAUAUUAUUUUUUAGAAGAGAUCUUCAACAAUGCCUUGCACAAUGUGUGGCGAUCACAUUUCUCAACAAAGAUCUUCUAUGCUUUAUCAUGUGAAUACUAGACAUAGUAAAUUCGAUAUGUAUGAAUGUGGAAUUUGUCAUAAAACUUGGCAGACAAUCGCGAAAUCUGAUGUUUUGAAGCAUUUGAAAACACACCACGAAAACCCAGAUGGAUCUAUAAAUCCUGAAACAAUUAUCGAUAAUCGAAGAGCGUUAUCUGAUAAAUUGAAAGAAGCUACAAUGCGAUGUUUUCCGGGAAGAAAAUCAAGAAGACAACCACUUUGUCGAGGAACCUCUCCAGUUUCAGUCAGAGCUUUUAUAGAGAAUAAUAAGACAGAAACCGAUGACCUUGAUUUUGUAAGCGAUGGAGAGGAUUAA